GCAGUGGAGCAUCAGACAGUUGUCAGCAUUCUAAGGAACACAACAGCACCUUCAACAUGAAAUUCGUCAUUGUUCUCGCCUUCGCCCUCUUCGCCGUGGCCGCCGCCCGUCCCAGUGAUGUGCAGAUCGUCCGCCAGGACUCCGAUGUGGGAGUUGAGAAGUACAGCUUCGCCCUGGAGACCAGCGAUGGCACCAAGAAGCAGGAGGAUGGUGCGCUGAAGAACACUGGCCACGAGGAUGAGGCCAUCGUCGUCCAUGGAUCUUACUCCUUUGUCGGCGAUGAUGGUGUCACCUACACCGUCACCUACGUUGCCGAUGAGAACGGUUUCCAGCCCUCGGGCGCUCACUUGCCCGUGGCCCCUGCUGCCUAAUAUGGAUUUUUCCACACAAACGAUGAUGAAUGAAUAAAGAAAAAAUCAAUUUGUUUA